GACCUCGCGAAACGCAAGUACAGUUUUUUUCUCUGUGCAAUUUUUUUUCUUCUCCUUCUGAUUUCUUUAUAAAGUUCGAGCAAAGAGCAGAAUUUUGAUAAAGCUUUAGCCUUUUGAAUCAUUUAAUCUCUUAUUCUCCCCGGUAAUCGCAUUCAUGCUUCAUCGAAUUUUUAUAGCUCGUCACUAAGCCCCUCACCCUCCAAAUUGAUUCUAGGGUUUGGUUCUGGAAAAUACUUCGUUUUCUUCGCUUCUCUCGAGCAAUGAAGAAGCCCAAACUCGACCAUUAUGUGUCACCGACUCGAUUCGGGCUGGUCCAGUUCUUUGUGGCUGUUCUCUUGUUCUACUUCCUCUGCAUGAGUCUUGAGAUCCCACUCGUUUUCAGAACCGGGUCUGGGUCAUCGUCUGCGAUUGUCGAAGCAUUGCCCAGACAGAUCCUCGUUGACAGAGAAGCAAACUGGGCUGUCGAAGAACAUCCACGUCGACCCUCGAAGGACCCGGACCGGAUUCUGUUCCGGUCAUCCGAGCGGCGAGCGCGGGAGUUCAAGACUGUGUCCGAUAUUUUCGUCAAUGAGAGCAUUUUCGACAGUGGCAGCGGAUCCGCCGAUGAAUUCUCAAUCUUCCACAAAACCGCAAAGCACGCGAUUUCGGUGGGGAGGAGAAUGUGGGAUGAGCUCGAUUCGGGUUUGAUCAAGCUCCACGAGGCGAAAACCCCAACUAAAAACGGAACCGAGAAAUGCCCUGAUUCGAUCACUGUAUCCGGGUCGGAGUUCGUGAAUCGGAGCCGGGUCAUGGUUCUGCCGUGCGGAUUGACCUUGGGCUCUCACAUUACCGUCGUGGCUACGCCGCACUGGGCGCACGCCGAGCAAGACCCGAAGAUUACGGUGGUGAAGGAAGGAGACGACUCGGUGAUGGUAACCCAGUUCAUGAUGGAGUUGCAAGGUCUGAAGACGGUGGAUGGUGAAGAUCCGCCUCGGAUCCUCCAUUUCAACCCGAGGAUUAAGGGUGAUUGGAGUGGGAAACCAGUGAUUGAGCAGAACACUUGUUACCGCAUGCAAUGGGGUACCGCUUUACGCUGCGAUGGUCACGAAUCUAAUUCUGAUGACGAAACCGUUGAUGGAGAGGUGAAAUGUGAGACAUGGAUGAGAGAAGAUAAUGAUGACAGGUCCGAGGAAUCUAAGGCGUCAUGGUGGUUGGGCAGACUGAUAGGUCGGAGGAAGAAGAUAACGCAUGAAUGGCCAUACCCAUUUUCAGAAGGAGAGCUCUUUGUUCUCACCCUUCGAGCAGGUCGACAGGGAAUGGAAGGUUACCACGUCAUUGUCAAUGGAAGACACACCACGUCUUUCCCCUAUAGAACCGGUUUUGUUCUUGAGGAUGCCACUGGCUUAGCAAUCAAGGGCGACGUUGAUGUUCAAUCCAUAUUUGCUGCCUCGUUGCCCUCUACCAACCCGAGUUUUGCUCCGCAAAAGCAUCUUGAGAUGCAAACCAUAUGGAAAGCUCCUCCAUUACCCGAAGGACCCGUUGAUCUGUUCAUCGGUAUUCUUUCUGCCGGCAACCAUUUUGCAGAGAGAAUGGCUGUGAGGAAAUCCUGGAUGCAACACAAGCUAAUCAAGUCGUCAAAAGCUGUAGCACGGUUUUUUGUGGCACUGCAUGCAAGAAAGGAAGUCAAUGCGGAGCUAAAGAAAGAAGCCGAGUACUUUGGUGACAUUGUUAUAGUUCCCUACAUGGAUCAUUACGACCUUGUUGUGCUCAAGACGGUUGCCAUCUGCGAAUAUGGGGUUGGCACGGUGGCGGCAAAGUAUAUCAUGAAAUGUGAUGAUGAUACAUUCGUACGUUUGGAUGCUGUCAUCCAGGAGGCGAAAAAGGUUAAGGAAGGACAAAGUCUAUAUAUUGGAAAUGUUAAUUUCUACCACAAACCUCUUCGUGCAGGGAAAUGGGCUGUGACAUAUGAGGAAUGGCCAGAAGAGUAUUAUCCUCCAUACGCAAAUGGUCCCGGUUACAUACUGUCAUCUGAUAUCGCUCAGUUCAUCGUCAACGAGUUUGAAGAGCAGAAGUUGCGACUAUUCAAGAUGGAAGACGUGAGCAUGGGAAUGUGGGUAGAGAAGUUCAAUGGCACGAGAGGAGGGUCAGUCACAGUGGUUCACAGCCUCAAGUUCUGCCAGUUUGGUUGCAUCGAAGAUUACUACACCGCCCAUUACCAGUCCCCUCGGCAGAUGCUUUGCAUGUGGGAUAAGCUGCAGCGGCUUGGUAAGCCUCAUUGCUGCAACAUGAGAUGACAUUUCUCAUGAAUUCGGCUGGAGGGAUGAAGCAUAUGGGCAAGUUUUUGGAGCUAACUGUUAGAUCUCUGUAUAUACAGAACGAUACAUACAUGUGUAUGUAUCUAUAUAUACAAUGGAUGUGGGAGAGGCUUUGACAAAUCUACUGAAAAGUGAAAACUGUAGUUUUGGAGUGUAGAAAAAGCAGAAAUCUUGCCUUGUUGGCCCCAUGAUGAAAUCUAUCCUCUAUGCCUCUCUGAAUGACUUCCCUUUUCUU